CUCUUCUCAAAGUGGUAGUAUAGUACGCGGAAGUAAAUUCGUCAUUGUUUGUCUGAAUCUUGGGAUCCCGGGAAUACCAUUUUCGAUUUCAACUGGAAAAAAUGGAGACACAAGUUGAAGCGAUAAGUUCGGACCUGAAGCAGAUACAGACGACCAGCAAGUUUGUGCUAAAGAGACUCAACCAGCUGCGAGACUCCGGGCAUGGAUGCAACUGCAAAGAAAAACUACAAGUAACACAGACUGAAAUCACAACCGUAUCAACACGAGUAGACGAACUCCAGAGUCACCAUACCAGUCUCGUGGACACCCAGAAUGACAUUCAAAAACAGAUCAACGAGAUGAGAGCCCGGAUGGAGGAGAUGCAGCAAACACUGCUCACCGUACAGACGGACGAUUCAAAACUGCAGAAGAAGUCAGGACAGACAGACAAUGGAACGGACACUGUAUCUGAAGAAUAUAUUGCAAGCGCCUACUUUACAAACGGUGCCGAACAUUCGGAACCGUUACACACGGACGUAGAAACAUCCGAGAAAGGCCCUAAAGCAGACUUAGAUGUUAAGCCAGUGAAAGUGGAUACCAAAACAAAUACUGAGUCUGGAACCACACCGGCGCCAAAGGGUAAAAACUCGGGGACUACUUUGAGGAUAGAAACGAAGUCAGCUGAACAUCCUGUUUCAAUAGCAACAAGCACACAGUCUGCUAAGCUGAGUUCUGGUGACAAAAUGGUCGGUCGCCCAAAUUUUCCCUCGAAGCCCGCCCCUUCGGCAAAUGAGACGGCUGAAAGCAAGGAGACGACCGAGGGAACGAAGAAGGACGAGGGAGCCGAAGGAUCGCAAGUGGAGGUGGUCCGCCAGACGCGUAAGGAAUUCAUGCUCAUGGGAGAACCGGGAUGGAGGUCCUUGGGACAGACAACAUUGGAUGAAGCGACCCAGAAGAUGACAGACCUCGAGGGUGUGAACGCCGUCAUCUGCCUCGAUAUAUCUGAGAGCAUGGCCACCGGAAACGCCUGGACGCAGGCGCGGACAUUCAUCUGCAACUACCUAGCAGGUCUGGAAGAGUGCAGACGGGAGUACGCGUCACAUGGGCUUGAGGUGCAGAACGUUGCCUUGGUAACCUUCGGGCACGAGACUAAGAUCCAGACACUCUUCACUAGCGACUACAACAACGUCAGAAAUAUCCUUGAUAAUCUGAAACUUGGCGGACCCAGCCCUAUGUUUGGCGGACUCUUGUAUGCCAUGGCAGCAGGAUGGGCACCUAAACGACAACAGAUGAUGAUAAACGGUAUAAUGGUGAACACGAAGAUAAUUCUGGUGACAGACGGACGGCCGACGGAGCUGUCGCUCAUCGCUGGCCCGGAUAUGCCCGACAACGACAUGGAUCCGACCAAGGCGAGCAUCCUGCAGGUGGUACAGAGGUUCGACCAGAUGGAUAUUGAGCUGUUCUGUAUUCCUGUGGGCGACUGCGACAGGGAGUUUAUCGAGCUGAUGAGCAAUGUGGCUGAGGGAAAGGUCAAAGACGUCAACUAUGGUCGACGUCUCGCUCGACGUCUCCACCUCUGUAUAAAGCGAAGUGGUUUCAAGAACAUUCAGUCAGAUGGUAUAAGUGGCGUAUUGCAAUCGGAACUCCUGGGCCUUUUAACAACAGAUGAUUCACGGUCACCAGUGAUGACGUCAUGCCACAGAACACUCGUAGAUCAUCUUGGACUGUCCGAAGGGCUGCUGUCGGGGCUGUUGCCACAAGACCCUUCCCUCUCCGAGGAAGACAAGGAGGACAUGAAGGAGAUACAAGAAGACUCGAAACGUAAUUUUAAGAAGGUCGUCAGCUGUGUGGGCCGGUCUGGGUUGCAGGACAUAUAUAGGGACGUGGACAGCAAAACACUUCCGGCGGUGGGGACGCGCGUACGUCGCGGACCAGACUGGCAUUGGAGACAACAGGACAGCGAUGGACCAGGGACCGUAAUAGGACAUUCUUCUAAUGACGGGCGGGUAUGGGUUGAGUGGGACGCGGAUGCAAACACGAAUAUAUAUUGCUACCGUAAUGGACACUACGACCUACUUAUUGUGGACGAGCCUCGCGUUCCUCCGCCUGGGAAGAAGGUCGCGGUCGGCUGCCUCGUCAAACCUGGCAAAGACGGGAGAUCAACAGGCAAGAAUGUGUGGGACAGCGGCGUUGUCGUCAAAAUGGAUCCGCCUAAAGCGCUGGUUCGAUGGGACGACGGUAAGAGAGGGGACUACAGCUAUGGUGAGGACGGGAAAUACGAAAUUGAAUUCUGCAACAGCAGCAGCAGCGCGUCUGGGGGAUACAGGCUGGAUUCUACUCCUGUAGUCAGUAGGCAGACGACCAAUUUUCCCGUCGGUGGGGACCCAAAAACAGCGACCGCAACGCCGCGGAAAAAUAAGAACAAAAACAAAAAUGCCAAUGUGAACAGAUAGGCCCAUCUAAGUUGUCGUGGAAAGUCUUUGGGUUAUAUGCAUCCUCUUGCUUUAACUACAUGUAUAUGAUAUUACAGCACUCCCUUGAUGAUAUUAGACAGUGUUCAGUAAAAACAUUCAAUGCGUCAUAAAGUAAUUAGUGUUGUAGUAUAAGCACAGUUCCUGUAUGCGCUCUGAAACCAUUACGAAACAAAUUAUUUAGUUUUGCUUUUCUUUCUUAUUCAUUCCUACUGAUGUCGGUGAAAAAAUGAGCGUGGAAGUAAAUGGUAGUUUCCUUGGGAAUCCUAAAGGAUACGUUGGAAUAAUUUUGUUUUUACUUAUAAUUUGUUAGAAACUGUUGACACUUACAAAUACGUAGGGGUCAUCUUUCAAUCCAAAUGAGAUUUCAGAACAAACGCGGUAGCAUUAGCGCCGGAAGAGCCUUAUGUAGUAUCAUAAAUCAUACAAGGUCACUGAAGAACUUCGGGUUUAAAACAUUUGGAAAGCUUUUUGAUUCAUGUGUAGUGCCACUACUAGACUAUUGUAUUGGCGUAUGGGGUUGCCGGAAGUUUGAGCCCAUUACAAACGUGCAUCAUCGGGCCAUGCGGUACUUCCUGGAGUUACAUAGAUUUACACCAGUGGUCGCCAAGAACGGGGACACCGGAUGGUUAUCGAGCUACUGCCGGAGAUGGACUAAUACCAUUUGACCCUUGAAAUGAUUAAUACCGGAUGGUUACCAAGCCACUGCCGGGGAUGGACUUUUACCAUUCGACUCUGAAAACGAUUAAUAUCUUUUUGUGACACUAGGCUAACAAAACGAGUUUUUAAAAUAGACUUUAACAUUUUGUAGAAAUAACUGGUGUAGUGACAUAAACGAAAUGCUGGUCAAGUUAGUGUUAGUGAGCCACUUCAAGAAGUAAACUCAUUAUCCCAUUAGAUACCGCUAGAAGGCAAGUGUGUAUCUAUAUCCCAUUAGAUACCGCUAGAAGGCAAGUGUGUAUCUAUUGUUAACAACAGUGGACUAGAAGUGUCACUUAACUGCCUAAACUGAGAACAUACAGGACAUUUAAGACUAAAUUUGAAAAAUGUUAACUACUUGAUCUUAAACUUACAGAGAAAUGAACGACCACUCAACGCACAAACACGUUUUGGUAUUAUCCUCUUCCGCAUAGAGACAGGUAGAUAUUUUUGUACCCAAAUGUCCUUUAUAUUCUAAUCUAAGGAUAUCUUUCUUUAAUGACUACUUGGGAAGUAAAUUAUUCCACACUCAGGACGACUUGAGGCAUUUCAUGUUCCAUUACCCGGGAACAAUAGCUAAAUUCGUUGAAGCCGCAUAAUGCAGGCGACGAAAUUAUCUCUACAAUACAAAUGUUUAAUAAUAAAAUGCAUUGGAUUUCUGUUUGUCUACUUUAUAUAUACAUAUUAUAUAUAUGCAUGUUUUAUUUGCAUUUUUUGUUGCAUUUUAUAAUGAAUAACUUGAUUUGUUUGACAUUAUUAAAUUUCAGUAUGUCAUACAAGCAGCCAUUGGUACUUGCUGACUUGUAGGUCAAUUGGGCCGGGUGCUACUAUUCUAUUUUGUUAGGCUAAUUAUAAGAUCAUGUUUGUAUAAAGCAUAUGUUACCUUAAUAAACAUAUACUUACUUA